AUGACAGCAUCCACCACUGACUCCAUGGCGUUUCCACCUAGCUCCAAGAUGUCGCUGAACUUCCUGACACAACCUGAUGCCCAGCUGCGAGAGCCCGCUGAGCUCGCAGCCGCCCUGGCGAAGCUGGACGAGAGACUCAGGGAGUCGAGUAUUCCGUACAGUGACCCACUCAUCCUCGACCAAGAGAUCGUGGAAGCCGAUGCGCUCCUCGAAGACGUCGUUCGAACCAGUAGAGACCCCAGUUUUCUCGAGAAUCAGAAGGCGCAAAAGAUUCUCGGAUUCCUCGGUACGAGACUCGAACGCCGUUUGGCCACAGCCCGGAGCGCAAUCGCUCGAAUGCGAAAAGACCGUAUUACAGAACUCCCGACUGAGUUAUUGAUGGACAUCAUGAGUCGAGUAACGAACGGCACUUCAAAAAUGGGUCUCGACGGUGACGAUUUUGUCUCGUCCGAUGAACAUAACCGAAGCCGAGACGUCGAGUCCAUCAAAUCUCUCCGCCUCACCAGUCGCCGCAUGCGCGAUCUGGCCGAUCGCUUUCUCAUCCGCUCGGUCACUGUCAGAAUGAUGCCACAGUCUCUGGCUCGACUAGUCGAGAUUUCGCAUCAUCCAGUCUUCUCUCAUACCGUUCGCUGCGUGAGAGUCAACUUGGCCUUCUAUGCCAAAGCUCUGGCGAACCUGAACAACUUUGCCGGGUUCGAGAAAUGGCAAUGCGAACGAAUACACGAACGUUUCGGACUCGCCAACGAGAAAGCGGAUGUAGAAGAAGCUGAAGACCAUAUGGUCUCGGACCAUACGAUGGCUCUGCUCAAACGGCUGGACAAGGAGGCCAUCGCCACGCGGGAGGUCAAGCGAGGGCGAGACCCUUUCGCUAGCCUCAAGACGUCUUUCAAACGAUCACUGCGCACAGCUCAUGUGCAGUAUAAACAACUCUAUGAUGAACAGCAACGAAUUCGCAAAGAUCACAGAAACGGUGUCGAUUCGGCCUUUCUGAGAGAGAUCUCCGCUGCAAUGGCUCGGAUGCCUAAUGCUACAAGACUGGAGAUUUCGGACGAGGAUGUUGACCCGGACUGGAAAGACCAUUAUGACAGGGUGAUUCCACAUGUCCAUACUCUGGAUGAGACCACGGGACUUUAUCGACUCAUGACUUCUCCAAUCCGUUGGGAAAUUUCGAACACCUGCUCCGAGCAGUGGGCAGGAGCUCCUGUCGGUGUUUUAUUACAGCUUCCGGUCGCACUGUCCGAGGCAGGCAUCCAACUGACGAGGCUUGCCAUUACGGUCACCCCCCCUCGGAUAAUUCAAUGGUCUAUGAUGCAGCCGACUGAAGAGCUUGCUCUUCUUGUUCAUAACGUCAGGGCUCUCGAGUUCACCAUGAAAUCCAGAGACGACGACGUCUCCGUCACGCCUGCCCACUGGCCAGCGGUACAGGCACAUCUAGAGCCUAUAGCGGCAUAUUUGGCAGCCAUAUCGUCAACUCCAAGCUUGGAAAAGCUUCGCAUCGGAGCGGGCGCUUUCGGAAAUCACAUGUUGGAUGAAUGGGGCGAUCUCCAGCGGUGGCCACCUCUAGCCUCCCUCAUCAAGUCCCAGCCAUGGCCGAGACUCGAACGUUUGGAGCUUGACAACGUCACCCUCACUUCAGGUCUUCUUGAGGAGCUGAUCGGAGAGCGAUCCACGGAUAUGAUUGUGCGGCUGGAAAGCGUCUUCAUUGACGAAGAAGAUGAGGAUACUUGGCGCGAAAUGCUCGACAUGCUGCGGGCGAAAGCAGACCCUUCCCGGCCCAGGAAAGAGGGCGGCGUAUGCGGCACGGUCUUUGUCGAGACCCUUUUUGCUCCGUAUGGGGGUGAGAUCAUCGACUUCCUGAAGCGCGACAUUGAGCGCAUAUUCGGCAGCCGGGUCAGGCUCAAUGAUAAGGCACCGCUCACACCGGCCCUGUCAUAUUUGAGAGGGCUGAGGUCGAAGAAUCCCGUUCCCAUGGUCAUCGGGACGCCUCCGCUUCCACCCAUCCAUCAUCUCGCGGACGACCUCGCCUGGUGA